AUGCUUGUAAAGACUGAACUUAUCGAUAGUUCAGGUUUUGUAACUUUUACGCUAAAUGACUUUCAUUUUGAUAAAGCCCAAGGAUACGGAAUUUGUUGUUCGGCAGAUCAUGCCGAAAAGGAAUGUCACUGUCAAAUGUAUAUUCACAUUUGUGUUGGUGUUGGAUUCGAGCAUCGAAAGUACCAUCGUGAUUGCUCCUUACUACAUCACAAUUCUCGGGUUAUCGAUAAUACACGACCGUUAAGUAAUUACAAUGUUAGCAUACCAUUUGAUGUUCGAUGGCCUGUGAAGUUUCGGUACCACUGGCACCAUUUACUUGCUAUAUCGUCUGAUUAUCUGCAAUUACCAACACCUCAUCGUUGCUUCGAGCAUUUAAAAAAAGCGACAUCUUUUUUUACACUGUUUCAAAAAAAUGAAAAAUUUUACAAUGUCCACAUAUCGAACGUGGGAAUAUGA